AUGGCGUUUUCUCCUUUCAGGUCGGAGGCCGCUUGCGCAGAGUCCCCGUCUUCCGGGAAUCGUGGCGUGCGAAAGCGCCGAGUUCUCCUAGUUUUUGUCAGCUCGAUUAUGCUGUUUGACUCCUUCUCUUUUUCAUGGUGUGUCCGCGCCCUGGGUGACCCGGGUUCUGCAUCUGAUCCAAGCUGUUUGACCGAAGGGAGUGUCAUCAUGUGCGUUUGCAACAACAAGCCAAGUGAUCAAAAAGAUCUCACGGCAAUUGUCUCAGAGAAGCGAAAUGCUCUGCAGAUAAGUUGCAAAACAGAUGCCUUAACUUGUGCUCCUGGUGGCUUACAGGGCACCAAUGUCUGUCCUUCAACCACAACAACACUCGCGGAUUGCAAAACAGCCCCGUUCAGGGGCUCCACUGCGCCUGUAGAUAUCAAUUCCCUUCUCAUUGGUCCUACAACAGUCUCCUGGGAGAAUGCAGACAACGCUGUCGCCGGAUGUACCUCUAAGAAGAUGACGGUCCCUCCUGAAAAUUUCCCCCUUGUCGAUCAAAAGUUCAUUGUCGGUUGCGUAGACAGGAGCGACCAGAGCGGAUCAAUGAAGGUGACUGUGACGAUUGAAGCAAGAGCCAGCACGAUGCAAGACCACAUCGUCAAAUGUGCGUACGGAAAGAAGAGCAAUCCAGCACACCAAGCCGUCACACUGAGUCCGGAGAAGAACAGCUUCACUCUGGUGUGCGGGACAGCUGGAGAAGUUCUGCCCACAACCUACGAAACUAACUACUGUAUCAGUGACAACGGGGACGACGCGACCGCUUCGUGCCAGGGAUCAUACGCAGAAAUUUUUCCGAAUUACGAACAGACUUGGUGGACCACUACCGCAAACACCAACGAAUACAAGUUCACGAUUCCAGAUGGGCAGUUCCCGGCAGAGGAACAGAAGAUUACGGUUGGCUGCCAGAAGACAACCACUGAGUCGGGAAAACAGAGGACGGACAGCGAAGAAAAGGAUUCGAGUGUGUGCAGUGUUGACGUGACUAUUGUGGCAUCUGCAGCUUCAUCUGCAGCGUUGACGAGUGGCCUGGCUGUUACGUUGGUGUCGAUCGUGGGGAUUUUCUACACAACUCUAUUGUAG